UAUCAUCGUCUUAUAAAUUUAUAUAAAAAUUUAUAAAGAUUAGAUGAAUAUUUUUUUUUAAAAAAAAAACAUUUUCCCACAAAAUGUUCGUAACAUGGAAUAUAGUUGGUAUAUUCCCCUUAUUAUUUAAAUCGAUCAGGAAAAAAUAAAUUUUGAUUGUUACUAUAGAUCGAUGAAUAUCCUGUGUUUUACAAAAACAAUUUCCUAACUUGUCGUAAGUAGUUAUUUGAAAUAUUACUACAAUUUACGAAAAUAGAUAGAAGCCGGAAGUGAUCUCAACUUUUCCAGCGUGCUUUAGAAUUAAAAUAAACUUUACGGGAAUUCUUGAAGCUAAGAAUGGAUGUCUUUUUUGUUAUUCGAUGGCAAAAUAAGAGUAUAUUUUUGGAUGUUAAAGAAUCUAAUACAAUUUACGAUUUGAAAUUACUGAUAUCUGGAAUAAUGGGAAAGAGUGCUGAUGAUAUGCAAUUGUAUAACUUAGCUAAAGAUUCUAUUGAAGAAUGUUUAGAAAAUGAGAGAUCCUUGGCCGAAUGCGGUUUAACAGCGAAUGUUGCAAGAGCCCAGUCACCAGCGCAGUUGGGUGUUACUUUCCGAAUGGAUGACGGCGGAUUUGAGAAUAUGAACGUUAAAGAAUACAGUUCACCACCCGAACUGCCGGAUGUUAUGAAAAAACACAAUAGUGUGAAAAAAUGACAAUUAUGUCUGUAUUAAAUAAAUAGCAAGUAUACACCAUUAGUUUUGAUACUUCAAAAUAAACUUAUGUUAUGCAUGGUGUAAUUAACGUAUUUUUAACGUUAGAUAUUUAUUUAGGAUAGCAAACACGGUUAAUAGGUUAAUGUCAAACGAAAA